AAAACAGUAAUUUUGUGUAUAAUUAAUAAUAUAUCUUAAUACUUUAAUAAGCAUUUAUGAAUUUUAAGAGCUACAACCCUUAAUACAUCAUAUACAAUCAAUUUAUAUAUUGCAGUCCGUCAACAGUUGAAAAGUCAAAUAUAAGAUUUUGAAUCCGUCAAUCACAACAUGUUAUCAUCAUCAUCCCUUAAUUUGCGGCCGGUGGAGAUGAAAACCCGCUUAAACAACUCAACAAAUUGAAAUUUCCACGAAAUCCUUAUGGUUCCUGUGGAUCUAUACAUCUUGCUUCAUACAACUUCGUUCACAUUUUCUCUAAGUCCCUCUCUCUUACUCACCGGUCACUUCCACCGUCUCCGCAUCACUAGCAACACCGCUUCACUUCUCCAACCUCACUUCUUCAACACGAGCCUACUCCUGCAUUCUCCUCCUCUCUCAUUUGUCCUUUAUCUUUCACGACGAGUUGGAUUGCCAGAUUGUUACCCUUUAAUAAGCGACCGCCUGAUACGGAUUCACCAAGAUAAGAGACAGCUUACGAUGUCAAGGCCUAAAUUUCAAAGAUAGAAGAUAAGAUAUGAUUCCAUGCCCUAAACCUCUCUCUUCUCUCUCUCUCUCUCUCUCUAGGUUUACCAUCAAGGACCCAAAACAUUACGAUUUCGUUUUUUUU